UAAGUGAGAAGCCUAGCAUUGUGAUUUGCCAUUUUGUCAGUGAAAAAUUAUUGUUAAAUCUGGUUUUCGUUCCUGUUGCAGUGAAGGGAUCAGAUCCAGCAGCAUUCCCACUGAGAGAAACUCCAAAUACAAAUUAAGGUUUUGUGAUCUCUCUCAUUCAUUCUCAGUGCUGUCGAAGACGGUGGUCUGCAACUGCCUCUUGUAAGCACUGUUCCACCCUACUCAGAAGGAUUCCUCUUUCUUGAACACUCACUUUUUAUCAGGUAAAUUGGAAAGAAGUCAAAUUUGGUGGGUGAGGAAUUUCCAGCAUGUUCAGGUUAUCUCCCCGGAGGAGUCAAAGAUCCAAAGGAGGCUUCAAGGUGAAGCAUGCUCUACAGUUAUGUGUUCUGCUUGGCGUUUGUAUCUGGCUAGUCUACCAAAUCAAACACUCUAAUGACAAGAAAUCAUCCUUUGUUGAAAGCACGAAGACUGGCGGUGAUGUUAUCAAGUUGGGGAGGAAGGACCUUCAUCCUGGCGUGGAGAAAACUCCAGUGGUAGAUGCAAGGCACAAGGAGGAGGAGGAGGAUGAACAACAAGAAAACAAGCACGAAGAGGUACACAAACUGGAUGAUGUUAAUGGUGUGGAAGAUGAGGUCCUAAAGCAUGAUGAGCAAAGUAACAAUGAAGAGAAUUCUGAGCACAGACAGGAUUCAAUAGACCAAGGAACUGAAGAAAAUUCUGAAAAUGCUAGGACAAAAGGGGAAGCUGAACAUCAUAAUGAGCAAUUUUUUGGAGAGAAUGAAAAUAUGGAAAACAAGGAGAGUGAGAGUACAUUGAAGGAUAAUGAGGAGAACAGAAGUGAAACGGAGGACAAAGAAACUGGAGAAGUUAAAGAAGAAAAGAAUGAGCCGGAGAAUGACAAUAUGGAUAACAAUGAGAGUGACAAUGCAAUGAAGGAGAAUGAAGAGAACAAAAGCGAAGGGGAGAACAAUGAAACUGGAGACACUAGUGAAGAGAAAAGUCAGCAAGCUAAUGAAGAGACGGAGAAUAAAGAUAAGGAAAAUGAAGAGGUGAAACAGAAUGAAACUGAAGAGAAGGACAAUGUGGAGGGAAAUCAUGAGCAAGAUAGUAAAGAAAUGACAGAUGAGAACAAUCAUGGAGAAAGUGGGGGAGAAGAGCAAGACAAAGUUCAGGAAGAGACUACAUCUAAAGAUCAGGUUCAGGACGGGGGCAAAAAUGAGGAGGAGCAUAGAGAGGAAAAUUAUGCUGGAGAUAAUGCUUCUAGUGCUGUAGACCACAAACCGCAAGACACGGAUGACAAUUCUAAGACAGAAGAAGAAUCUGAUAAAAAGGAAAACAAUGAGUUCGAGCUAGAGUCUCAGAAGAAUGCUGACACUAAAGAAGGGGUUGAUUCUAGCGUCACAACAAACAGCCAAGGAAAUGAAAGUGAUGCUGAAAAUAAGACACAGUCAGAGAAUGAGUCACAGAAAAGUUCCACGUCAGAAUCAGAACAACAAGAGAAAAAUGAUUCCACAAAGGAUAGUGUAGAUACUCUAGAUUCAUCACAGCAGAAUGGGAUUGACACAUCAUCUCAUAAUACUGAAGCAUCAGAAAAUGAAAACAACUCCAAAGUAGAGGACUCCAACAACUCCAAUGUAGAGGACUCCAACAUACAGAAUGCAACACUAAAAACCGAAGAUUCUUCUUCUUCUAACUCAGAAGAAGCGUGGAAGAAAGCUGAAACAGAUGAAAGCAAUGCAAACGAUGGUGAAUACAAGGACACAACAAGUAAUGCUGCUCAGAAUGAAAACCCAAGCAACGAUUCUGUCCAAGAAGGAAAGCAGGAAAAUGUUGCAUCAUCCGACAAUAACAACAAAGAUGCUAGCAAUGAUGUUCAACUCACUUCUUCUGAUACUUCCUCAGAACAAAAGAAAGAUGAAGCCGCAAAUGUAGAAAGUAAUACAAAUUCUGCGCAGAAUGACAAUGCUGAUCAAACCAACGCAAACGGUGAUGGAAGUGCUAAUGACAACAAAGACACUAGCCAGUCUGAUUCUUCAUCUGAGCAAAACAAAGAGGGAUCCUCCAACUCGGAUAACAGCAGUACUAGCCAGUCUGGCACUUCAUCUGAGAAAAACAACGAGGAAUCCUCAAACUCAGAUAACAGCAAUGAUUCUAACCCGUCUGAGCAAAACAAAGAGGGAUCCUCAAACUCAGAUAACAGCAAUGAUGCUAGCCAGUCUCAUACUUCUUCUGAGCAAAACAAUAAGGAAACCUCAAACUCAGAUAACGGCAGUGAUUCUAACGAGAAUGCCUCUGAAAACAAGGAAAAUGAAAAUGACAAUGGGAAUCAUAAUGGUGAAGCACAAGACAAUGCUUCGGGUUCAUCCAUUCCGGAAGAGAAAGAUGCAUCUUCAAAUAACAAUGCUGAUGCAGGGCAGGGUGAGAAUGAUAACACAGUUCAGAGCAAGACUAGUGAAAAUGAAGACGGUGCUCAAAACAAAACAGUGGAGUCACAAAAGGAGGAGGAAUCUGCACACUCCAAUGGAGACAGCAAUUCUAACUUGAAUGAUCAAGGAAGUUCUGAUCAUUCAAUCACUCAUGAGGAUAAAGAAUCUCGCGUGGAUUUGCCACAAUCACAUGAAGAAAGCAAUCAAAUUAAGGAUACUGCAGCACAGUGAUAAUUCUAAUAGAAUAACUGUAUGCAGCUUCUUUUGGUCCUACUUCUUUUUCGAAUUUUGUUGAGUUUCUUUAGUUGGUUAUUAUGAUGUCAAGCUUUUUUGUUUUCAAAGUCAGAUUAAGAAUUUCUACAGCUUUCUUUGUAUAAAUUAUUCGCUAUUCUUCAUAUGUAACCUGAACCCUUAUGGAAACAAUAAUUACCACUUUUAGAAUAUCAUCAGAGCAAAGUUCCUCA